AUGACCAGACCCACGUCUUUCUCGCCGGAAACAACGAUUUCGCCUUCUCGGAGUUCUUGGGUUUGCUACUCCACUUUUGAUUGCUCACAGAUCUUCUGUUCUUAUCAAAUUGCUGCCGGUGAGCGUUCUGGAGCGCACAAUCGUGACAAUCAGACUUUCACGAUGACGAAGGAUCCACCAAAGCCAAUGCCGAAGACGACGGAGACAUCGAUUACUUUAGACUCUCUGGCGCACAUCAUGAUGAAUCACAAAACCGACCAGAUGGAGAGUGAACAGGCUACACGAUCGAUGAUCCAAGAGUUGGCGACGACGAUGGACUCGCGGUUCUCCGAAUUGUACGACCUACUUCAGAAAAACUCUGUAAAUUCACCACAGGUCAUGGAGUUCUCAAAUCCGAAUUUCAAGAAGCCUAACCCAAAGGUAUGCCCUUCGGACUUGAAACCAGGCCUUAUUUAUUAA